AUGUCGUUCCAAACCGCGCUGACGGACGACGCGUCGUGGAAGCUGGAGAUCAUGGAGACGCCCGGGAUGUUCCAGAUCAUCGACGUGCACCAGUCGUGGACCGGCCCGUGCAAGGCGAUCCAGAGCACGUUCAAGAAGAUCUUCUUCGAGCACGGGGACAAACCGAUCAAGUUUUUCACCGCGGACGCGUCGAAGAUCGAUGCGGCGAAGGACUACGUCGGAUCGUGCGAGCCCGUGUUUUUGUUCUACAAGGACGGAAAGAAGAAGGAAGUGAGGGGCGUGGACGCGCCGACCAUCGUGAAGAUGAUCUACGACGGUCUGGGCGUCGACCCGAACGCGGCGGCGGCGGAGUGA